AUGCUGCUUGUUGCCAAGAUGGGUGGCGGUGCCAAGGCCUACGCCGCCGUCGUGCUGAUCAGGCUCAUGUACUCCGGCAUGCACGUCAUGAGCAAGGUGGCCCUGGACCAGGGCAUGAACCCGCUGGUGUUCCUCUUCUAUCGCCACACCACGGCCGCGCUCGUCCUCAUCCCUGUCACCUUUGUUCUCGAGAGGCGAAAAGCUAAGCCGGUUACGUUCAAGAUUGGAUGGAAGAUGUUCAUACAUGCCCUAUAUGGGGUGACAGCAUGCGGUGACUUGUUUAACCUCGGCCUCAACUAUGCUUCUGCUACGUCGUCAUCAGCAUUGUACAAUGUUCAACCGGUGGUCACAUUCAUCCUAGCCGUCAUAUUUGGGAUGGAGACUCUGAAGCUGACUCGGUUCCAUGGCAAAGUGAAAUUCGCGGGCAUCCUGUUCUGCAUCGCCGGCGUCACCAUUCUGGCCUUCUACCAGGGCCCAAUGUUCAGAUCCUUCAACCACCACCAUCUCUUUCAGAACGGCAGUGCCUCUGGAGAACAAGCAGGAGACACACAACCCAAGAAGCAGUGGGUCUUGGGGAUCUUCCUCAUGACACUGUCCAACGUUCUAGCAGGCCUGUGGACAGUGCUUCAGGGCCCUCUGAUAGAGGACACCUCGAAGCUGAUGAACACGACGCUGCAGAUCUCGUGGGCGUCGCUGCAAGCCUUCCUGGUGGCCGUUGCGGUGGAGAGGGACUUCUCCAAGUGGAAGCUGGGCUGGAACGUCGGCCUCGCCGCCAUCAUCUACAGCGGCGUGAUGGUGACGGCGCUUUCGUACUACAUGCAAAUGUGGACGAUCGCCAAGAGGGGUCCCGUGUUCCUGGCCAUGUCCAUGCCGCUCACCUUCGUCUUCACCAUCCUCGUAUCCUCCUUCAUCAUAGGGGACGCAGUCAGCCUAGGAAGCAUCUUUGCCGGGGCGUUGCUGGUUGGAGGCCUGUACAACGUGUUCUGGGGCAAGAGCAUCGAGGAGCGAGACGACCUGAACAAGAUCAGCGCCGCCGCCUCCUCCGUCGCUGGCAAACCCGGCGGGCUGGAGCUGCCGCAGCAGCAGGACAAGGCGGAUGAGGCGUCUCAUGAAGUGCUGGAUGACGAUGCAGAGGCAAAGGUCUAA